AUGGGAAAUUCGCUUUCUAUGAAAUUUGAUGAUGCAGAUGCCAGUGCUGUGCCGCGUUCAACGGUUUCGAGUGGCAGUUCCACAACUGAUCCUGUACGGUCAACGCAAUCAACGAAUGCCAGUCCAGCCACGUUCAACAGAUACGAUUGGCAGUUCCACAACGAUCCUGCACCGUCAACGCAAUUACUAAAUGCCAGUCCUGAGGCACGUUCAACAGCUACGAUUGGCAGUUCCACAAACGAUCCUGCAUCCGUCAACGCAAUUAAUAAAUGCCAGUGCUGUGCCGCGUUCAACGGUUUCGAAGUGGCAGUUCCACAACUGAUCCUGUACGGUCAACGCAAUCAACGAAGCUACGAAUUGGCAUAUCCAAACGACUGCAUCGUCAAACGCACUGAUAAAUGCCAGUCUGAGGCCACGUUCAACAGAUACGAUUGGCAGUUCCACAAACGAUCCUGCACCGUCAACGCAAUUAUUAAAUGCCAGUGCUGUGCCGCGUUCAACGGUUUCGUCAAGUGGCCAGUUUCCACAACUGAUCCUGUACGGUCAACGCAAUCAACGAAUGCCAGUCCUGAGCCACGUUCAACAGAUACGAUUGGCAGUUCCACAAACGAUCCUGCACCGUCAACGCAAUUACUAAAUGCCAGUGCUGUGCCGCGUUCAACGGUUUCGAGUGGCAGUUCCACAACUGAUCCUGUACGGUCAACGCAAUUAACGAAUGCCAGUCCUGAGCCACGUUCAACAGCUACGAUUGGCAGUUCCACAAACGAUCCUGCACCGUCAACGCAAUUAAUAAAUGCCAGUGCUGUGCCGCGUUCAACGGUUUCGAGUGGCAGUUCCACAACUGAUCCUGUACGGUCAACGCAAUUAACGAAUGCCAGUCCUGAGCCACGUUCAACAGCUACGAUUGGCAGUUCCACAACUGAUCUUGUACCGUCAACACAUUCCGAGCAAAACAUGACGAGUAAGUAA